UUGCUUCUCCGUGCUCCACUAGAUCGAUUGCAGCAAGAAGUAAAAACAUUCAGACAACGCGCGAUCUCAGAUACAGUGAGUACAUUAAAACGCAUGGAAACGUCUCGGACGGAGUACCGUGGUGCUUUGUUGUGGAUGAAAAACGUGAGCGAGGAAUUGGAUCCUGAUACUUAUAAACAAUUGGAGAAAUUCCGAUGUGUCCAAGCGCAGGUUCGGAAAAACAAAGCAGUUUUCGACAAGUUAAAAAUAGACAGUAUGCAAAAAAUUGAUUUGCUCUCGGCCAGUCGCUGCAAUAUGCUGAGUCAUGUGUUGGCUGCCUAUCAGAACAGUCUGCUGAACUUCCUGGAGCGGACUUCACGAACAAUGGUCGCGGUCGCCGAGCGGUUCAAAGGUUAUCAAUAUUACGAAUUUUCCGUCCUGAAACAUUUACGAACUGACAGUCCUGUGCCCUAUGCAAUGCACUCAUUCCUUCACGUACUGUUCUCUAUCCUUCGUCCCCACCCUCGUCUAUCCAGUUCGGACGAUGAGUUAGACACACAAUCUGAGAAAAUGCAAAAAGAGAAUACGGACGGGGUUGGUUGUGCUCACACUCCUCCCGACGGUUCGAACAGCUAUGCCAAACAAGGUUAUAGCCCGUUGAGCACAGUUGAUGAUUCAGAGUUUCGUCUGAGGCGCAAGAAAAACGGGGCAACUCGGUCGAUGGAUCCGAACACUGCUGAGGGUGCUAAUCCUGAUACUCUUACUCAGUCGAAUGAAGGAGCUCCGACCGAGGAGGAGCUUGAUCGCCAGCUGGAUGAGCUGUUUCACGCGGACGACGCGGAGGAUUCGAAAACGGAUGAAUUUGCGCAGUUUCAAUCCUAUCAGUCUACGCUAACAUCGAAUCAACCAAACACAGAAUUGUUAGCCGGUGCGGACGGAGGUGUACCGGCGGAACAUCGGGACUUUUUGACUGACUUGUUUGCCACCGAUUCCGCGUCACAAUCAGCAAAUGAUUCCGACAAUUGGCUUGGCCAAUUGUUACCCACCUCAACUGAUCAGGAAUCAGCAACUGCCAGUUUCUCACAGGAAUGGAAUUCGGUAUUCGGUCAGUUGGAUAGUAGUACUACUCGACCAAACCAGACGCCUACUGCGGGUCUAGCUGAACUCGGCGGUGAACAGCCGGCCACGGAAGCCGAGGUAAAUGUAUUUUGA